CCUACCUUAAUGCAGGUCCAGUCAUAAGACGCAUGGGAAUGGUUCCCACCAUUCCAUUACAGCAGUUACCGCAACAACAGAAAGCACCUUCGGAAGAGGAUUGGACUGGAGUUAGUGACCCUGUUACGCGUCGGCGAUUACAAAACCGACUAAAUCAAAGAUCAUAUCGGCAACGUCACGCUAAGAAUAACAAUACUGGCCACAGUGGUCAGGCAUAUUGUUUUGUGGACCCCAGCCAUGACAGUGGUCGUCCUCUCCAACUCAUGAGGAGUGCAUCUGCUGCAGCUAACACCGUCUCACAUGUCGCUGCCAUAUUAUGCAGAUUAACUAUGGACCAACACUCUACAUGCACCUUUGCACCGCCAAAUAUCCACGAACUAAUGAACCAAUUUGAAAGAGACGCUCUGGAAAAGUACCUUUCCGGCUCCCCAGAGAUAGACCAACUCCUCUCUCUCAGUAGAAUAAAUGUUCUACGCGCGGCUUAUGAAAAUGUCAUUGCACUAGGCAUGUCUGCUGAGUGGCUAUGUGCGGAUGAAGCAGUUUCCGUGUUCAGUCAGUCCUGUCCAGGGGUGCGAGAAAUAGAUGUUCCCCAAAGCUUAAGCCCAACGUCCUUACAGCGGAGAGUUCCACAUCAUCCGUGGCUGGAUGUCUUUCCUUUCCAGCAGAUGCGGGAUAAUAUGAUUGUGGCUGGAGACGCCCUAGAUGAUGAUGAGCUGUGUCAUGACCUUGUAUGUUUCUGGGACACUCGUGAUAGCCGCGCAACGCUACUUGUCUGGGGAGCUCCCUGGGACCCGCAGAACUGGGAGGCCAGCGAGGCGUUCGCCAUCAAGUGGCACUGGGUACUUAGAGGCUGUCCUGACCUACUGGUUUCUACAAAUAAAUGGCGACGGCAGAGGGGCGAGAAACCUCUUCUUUGGAAAGGGAUCCUCGGGGCGGGAAGAACACAGGUUGUCUAAUUUACUGUUGGUUUGAGAAUAUUAUGGUGCUGAAAUGUACUUGGAUUAUCCUGUUAACUCCUAUCAAUUGUGUAUCCUUACAGUCACAAACAAGAGAGAGACUGUGUCUCUGACAUGGUCAGAUUCAAUCAACUUUCGAG